UGGAUGAGCUGCCUUUGCAACCCCCACGAGGUCCUGGCCGUGGGCCUGGUAGGGGACGGAGACCUGGCGGUGGUCAUGGACCAUGGGGUUUUGACAUGGCACCCCUUGCUCGAACUGGAAAUCUAGAAUGGUUGCGUGCAGCUUCGCGAUAUCACUCGACCGUCCAACCUCAUCUGUCGCUUUCCUACCACCAAAUGGUCUCCUUUUACCAUCCUCGUUAUCGUAGCUUGGUCCCCAGCCGGUCCGGGAAACUCAUGCAAGAGCAUUUCUUAUGGGAACACGUUUCAGACGACGACGUUGGUACUUUCCUGGAUGAGUUAGACUCAGUCAUUCGUGCUGAUUUACCUGGGACUAGCUUUGACUGGCAAGCCGCAGCGAUGGAUAUCGUGACAUUUUGGGCGGAUCGCAUCGCACAAAUUCAGAAUUUACUGGAAGCUGUCAAUAGUACCUCAAACUUGACCCACAUCGUCACGACUGUGCAGCAAUUGUCCUACUCGCCUCUUGAUCCUUUCAUCGCCUAUGGUGAAGCACUUAAUGCUUCGGGGCAUGAAAUUGUAUUCAAUGUCCGCUCCUCUCCUAUGAUUGUUCGCGGUACUAUAACCCCGAAUACCACCGCACUUGAACGAUGCACAUAUUCCGCCACGGAAUUUCUCACCGAACCGGAGCUUCAGAUCCUCAUGACGAAUUCAGAACACAUUUUGAAGACAAGUAUGGAGACUAUACUCGAGCGGAUCUGCAAUGACUUUGGAAUACUUUUCGCCGAGAGCACAGAUUUGACGGACUCAGUCAGUUAUCCGACGUACAUAUCUGCGUGGAAUAGCAGGAUAAAUUCAUUAAUGAAAUGGUUGGAGUGGUCUUCGUGGCUAAGAUGCGAAGAAGUUUGUGAUCUGGAUAGCGUAUGUUCAAUGCCGGUAUGGCCUAUUGCAUGGAGCGGUGGUCCAUUUGGAAGGCCCGGCAGAGAUUCAGACCUCAAUCUUUUGCAACCGACUUGUAGGCGAUUGACUAUAUGAUUAUCUGGCAUAUACAUAGGAUCACCCGGUACUGUAUAUGUAUGCAU